GCACGCCGAUCCAGCAGGCAGAGUUAGGUGAAGGAGAGCAGGCAAUCCAGGUCCACUCUUCAGAUGAGGAGUUAGAAGGCGUUGCGGCAGACGAGGAGUUUGAUCCGAGGCACAGCAAGGCAUUUGGACAGCCCAUGGUUUGCAGAUUUGAAAUGUCCAAGCGUCAGUUCGCGGACGGCUUCGAGCUUUGCUCACCCGGCAGGUUUGUGGAUGAGAAGGUAAGGGAUGUGCGCGAGGCAUCAUUGGCAUCAUUCCGCCUUGCGACAGGCAAACUGAAGGAGCCUCCGUUUAGUCAAGCGGACAUGGAUCAGCUCAGGCGCGACGUGGCAGGCAUCCUGGACGAUCCCGCGGGGGCGCUCGAGGUACCGCCAGGCCAGCCAUUCUUCUUGCAGAUGCUGGCUCAAUCCCUCAGAGGGGACCCGGAUUGGGAGGUUCUCACGCAGGGGGAGGAGUGCUAUGCCAAUGGCAUGCCGCUGGGCUGUGAGAAACCAAUGCCAAGGGCGCCGUUUGCCCGAAGGUCUAAGUUCAGGAAGCUUGAUGAGACGCCAUUCGAUCCAUGCAUGAAUGCAUGA